AUGGCAUCUGAAAAAGUAACAAUCGAACAAGCGGUUCAAAAAUUAUCGGAAGCAAAUAACAAUAGCAAUGCGCGUCUGAAUGCGCUCGAAACAAAACUAGAUGAAAUUCACCUCAAUGUAAUGGAACAAAACAAGAAUAUGAAUAUGAACGUACCAAACGAAAUAAUAAUGAAUGUACAAGAAAAAAUGAUAAAUCAGAUCGAAACCAUUCAAAAAAGAGCAAAAGAAUUGCAAGACACAACAACGUCUAAAUUAGAAGAAAAACAACAACAAUGGGACCGAUUAACAGACAAUAUUCGAGAUAUGAGAACAGAAAUGAAAAAAAAUUGUGAGGCGCUAGAAAGAAAAGCAUCACAAAAAAAGGAUCAAAAUCAACUAAUGGAAGAGAAUGUAUCCACGCCGCACACACAACUUAAUUCAUCAACAAUCAAUGAAUCAUUUGAUAAUGGUCAGUCCGAACACCACAAUAUAACAGAACGAAGACACCAUGCUGAUAUCAUUACACAACAAACAGCACCAAUGAGAUACACCCCACAAACAACACAUACAAUUGUUAUUCCACCACCAGCAGCGAUACCAACAUUUAACGGAAGCAUAUCGGAAAAUCCUCGUCAAUUCCUUAUUCGAGUCAAGGAAUAUUCAGAAACAAUAAAUCCUUGGAAUGAGCAAGCAUUACUCAAUGCUAUCUCUCAAUUUCUUCGAGAGAUUGCUCUGGAAUGGUACUGUCAGUUACGUACCUCAAAUCGACGACCACAAACGUAG